AUGGCGUUAAUCUCUCGGACUGGGAAUUUUCUUAGAGCCGUGCUUCCCCUAACUUCCCAAAAAAAUUUCGCAUGUUGGCACAUUGACUGGAAACCGAAGCCAUUCCCAACCACUCCCGCUCAGCGAGAGGCCGCCGCCAAAAGAUAUGGCCUCCUUCCCGAGGAUUAUAAACCUUACGACGAUGAUGGAACUGCACCCGGUGACUAUCCUAACCUCGAGCAUUUCAAUGAGCUUCAUCGAGAUCCUUAUGAGCACUACGAUUAUGGUUAUGUGAAGCGAAAUUACAAUGAGCCAAUCCCGUGGAAGUGGGAAUUUUACAGCUCGACCGGACAUGACGAUUACCAGCAGUGGCUUCGGUACAACGAACCAGCGUGGCUAACAUUUUUGAAGUUUCUCGCUCCUGUCCUGAUAAUGGGCCCUAUUUUAUAUAUCAGUGAACAGUAUAAGCUCUUCCCCCCAAUGCUUCCGAAACAGUAUCCAUUUAACGGCCGUGAUAAUUAUACUUUCGAACCUGCUGAAUCGGACUAG